AUGUCCGGACAAGAGCAAGACAAGGCCAAGCUCAACGAGGUUGCCCACCAGGCCGAGCGAGACCUGAACACAUACCAAUCCAAGACGGGCACGGGCAAAGGGCGAGCAACAGGACUCGAAGACUACGGCGUCAACGAGCUGGCCGAGAACAAGUUCCCCGGCGCCAGCGUCAAGGUCGGCGAGAACCUGGUGACGAACCGGAGCUACAACCGGCGGAUCCCCGGCGACGAGGGCGGCGACGUUGACGAUACCGGCCGCUUCAUCCGCGGAUCAGCCUACGAAGGCGCCGGCGGCCCGGAGGACAAGACGGCCCACAUCUACCAGCACAACCCGGGCAAGAUCGACGAGAGCGCCGUCAAGGGCCGGGGGUUAGACCCGCAGCAGCUUGAGCGGGCCACUGUGCGGGAGGACAGGCCGGACCUGCUCCCUGCGGACCAGGCCCUGGGAGGUCGCGCCCGGGAGCCGGCAAGGCAGGACGAGGUCUCGGAGCAGGGCCGGCUGGCCGCUAAAGCCAACCUGGGUAUGGAUCCCAAUAGUCGGGAGGAGGUUCCCUACCAGGGCAGCAAGGGCAGUGAGUUCAGGGGGGAGUAUUAUGAGACGCCUGAGGGCGUGCAGGAUGCGAGGGCCGACCAGGGGGAGAUUCCGCCUGAGAGUGUGGUUGAGACGUCGAGGAAUAUUUGA